CCUGGCAACCUGCAUUUUUCAGACCUUUUUAUUCUCCAUUUCACGUGCUUUAAAGCCUUCAAAAGCGUGUCGUUCAUUUCUCCUUUGUAAUUGCCUGUCUCCCUGUUCAUCGUCUAUCAGUACGAACCUCUGGUGGGUCAUUUUCCGAGUCCCGAGUGUGGCGCCCGGCUGAACGUCUUCCACCGCCACAUUUUAUUAUCUAAGUUCUAAAUUAAAUAACUACUCCGACCGCCUCCCUCCUGGACGUCAUUCCCCCGGAAAGCGUUCACGUCGAUCCCCGACCCCCGAUCCAUAGCCCGUCACUGUCACACGGCCUUCUGCCUAUUUACUGGCAGUGUUUUUGAAUUCUUCGCUUAACUGCGAUUAUCGGGAUCUCACGUACACUUUGACCCCUCUCCCGACACCAUGCCCGAGGAGGAGCCGUCCCUGAACAUCUCCUCACUACUGACGCUCGCCGUCGUGUCGUUUUUCGUCAUCCGAUGGUUCCUCAAGCGUGACGGCGAUGGAGGUGAUGGAAGCGGUCGCAGCCGUGCGCGCGGAGUCAUUGACCCAGCACAAGUGGAACAAAUAUCGCAGAUGUUCCCUCAGCUAAGCACACGCGACAUUAUGUGGGACUUGCAGCGCAAUGGUGGUAACGUCGCAGCAACCACCGAACGCAUCCUGACAGGUCGAGGACUGGAGACACCACCACCUUCGUUCCAGCCUCAGGUCGCCAUCCCCCAGGCCAGCGCGCCCACAGCACAAACUGCCGCCGCCUCCGCGGCAUCGAAAUUGGAUGGUCAGGACUUGAUUUCGCGAUACAACCUCAGCGGCAAAGUCGCCACCGAGGGCGCUGAGACCACUCAGUCGCCUCCUUCGUCUGGCUGGUCACAGAACAAGGAGGAACGUCAGCGUAUACUCCAGAAGCGGAGGGAUGAUAUGAUUCUGGCAGCGAGAAAGAGAAUGGAGCAGAAGGUUCGUGAGAGUGCGUAAUCGAGAUACAGAAUGACUUUGGAUAUAUCAUCUCGGUCUGUAUCUGUUGCCUUUCUUUGUUUAUUUCUUUCUUUCUUUCUUCUUGAAACCCUAUUACUACCGAGAAUCUUAUCUUUUCUGGGGGUGGCUGGGAUGUGUAGAUUGCAACACGGGUCUUCUCUCAACUGAUUCUUCCUUUUAUCUUGCUAUACCCAGUUUUGGUUUCCCACUCCUCUCCGACAUCCUUUUCCCCCUCUUCUCUCUUCUUCUUCCAGCGUCUGUUUCCCGUAAAGCGUUGCAUGCUUAUGGUGUUAGGUUGAAUCAGAAUACCCGAGGUUUAGGUACUAGGGAAUAUAGGGUAUAUACACAUAUAUAUAGAUUGGGUUGUUUUUAGUAAUGGGUUGCAGUGUAA